UGACAAGUCUCAAACCGAAAAGAAAAUGAAAGCAAAUGUAGAGAACACUUUUUGCUUUGCGAGUAGACUGAACUUCAGAGGUAUCGACUCUUUGACAACAAUAGUGGAAUCUGUUACUACCAUACUACCAAAAAACUGGAGUGUGGCUUAUCAGGAAAAACGUUGAUUGCUAUUUCAAGUUGGUGACUCAGUUUCUGAAAUGCCUUCCGCUGAGAUUCCAGAAACAAUUGGUGUUAAUAUGGCAUCUUUACGAAUGUUACUAUUCACUUUCCUACUGUUGAAUGUUUUAAGUGACAUUCAAGCAGGGGAUGAUUGUUUAUCAUGUUCAAAACCCAACAUUGCAGAACUUGGAAAAGACAUUAUGAUUAAAUGCAAGAAUAAUGCACCCAUUGUAUCUAUGGGAAUAAGAUUCUGCCCCCUUAAGGGAGACUGUAUUCCCAAAGGUGUCAUCAAAAAACCGAAUAGCACCUUGACUGAUGGUGAAACAACAUUGGAAUUUCACAACAAUACAGCUUCUCUGAGUAUUAACCCAAUAAAGAUAUCACAUGAAGGAACCUAUAUAUUAAGUUAUAUAACUAGAAACUGUAUGGAUAAUCUGAGUAUAUCUCUAGAGGUGUUUGCACCAUAUACGAAUCCUCAAGUCAUGAAACAGGAAGACACUCUUAUUUGUACAGCAUCUGGAGGUUACCCAGAGGAGAAGUUCUAUUGGGUUUUUAAGGGUGGAACUAAUCUGACCCAUAAAUCAACAUCUCAGUCUGUGAAAAAUGAGAAUGGGUCAUUCAGCCUGAGCAAUACCCUUCAACUGGAAUCUGCUCCCUCUGAAACUGAAUAUUGCUGUACUUUGAACCACACAAGAGUUCCUAGCAGACAAGUCUCUACAUGUAUGAUACUUCAAAAUGUUAGCACUUCCAUGAUUAUAGCAGAAAAGACUACGCUGAAUACACCUAUGAUAAUAAUCAUUGUGAUAGCUAUUAUUUCAUUGGCUUGCAUUUUAUUGGCUGUAACGUGGUGGAGAACAGGGAGGAAAAAUUAUCUUCUGCAGAAAUGGCAGAAAUUCACUCAUGCAAACAAAUCCAUGUAUUUCUUCCAAUUCAAUGAAACAAAUCCAUCGUAGUUGGAAGAACAUACUUGCAUAUACAGCUUAAUAAAAGAAAUGGUCUUCAGGCUUUACACAAGAUUUAAUUUCUAUUUGCUUCUAGUAUUUAAACUCUGCAGAAUCUUCCCUUCACCUUCAAAUAUGUACAGUAAUGUGAUCUAAAUUGUAAAUUUCCUUGGAGAAAUUAGAUUCAUGACUUUUCUGAAAACUAUGGACAAAAUCAAUUUACAGAUGUAAAUAAUAAUGAAGAGGUUGAACAUUUUAAUUUAAGAAGUUGCAAUUGGGACUUCCGGUUGACGUUAUGGUGAGAAUGGCUGGAAAAUAGCGGGCUCCGCUGAGCCUCACGAAAUCCAGUUGGUAACCGCUGUCGGGAGACCCUAGCCGCCUUGUAGGGAUGGUGAAGGAAGAAGAGAAGUACUACAGCACUAUAGCCACAGUAUGCUCAGUAAAAGUCAACUCAAUACACACAAAGUCUAAUACACAGAAUAGAAGUAAUAACAUCUGGAAGAUGGCCUGACCUUGACUUUACUUUUAGAAGACAACUUUUCACUUCUGAAGAUUCUUAAAAGGAACUACCUUGCAAAUAACUAAACUUUAUUAAAAUUGGCUAUUGGAUUAUGGAUCUGAAAGAUUGGAGGAAUCUAGUGGAUUAACUUGAAUUUGGACUAUUAAUGUUAUUCAACAGAACAUUCUAUGAGACAAAAGAAGAAAGGUGACAGAAGAAAAGAGAAAAGAAGGAAAGUUAAAUAAGACUUUAAAAUUUGGACAAUUGGAAGAUAUAUAAUUAGAAAACUAUAAGGCUGUAUAUUAUUAAAGAAUUUUAAAGAUCAUAAAUUUAGGGGUUUUGGAGGUAUAAUUAUGGGAUUGAUGAAAUUUUAUUAAGCAGGAAUUUUUAAAUAUUGAGACGGAACUAUAGAAAUAUACUGAGUAAUUUUUAUUAAAUUGUUAUAAAAUGGAUUUACAGGGGAUAAUAGAGGCAUAAGAGAAGGAGUGGCAAAAAAAAGGAUUAUUCUAGAGCCUCCAUAUUUACAUAAGUGGACUAAGUCCAACCCCUUUUAAUUUUGUUAACUCUUAUCUAGCACCAAAAUACUGUUCUAAUGACUGAAUAUGUAUAUAGCUCAUAUAAUCUCCUUCUAAUACAAUGUUAUUCAAGGGAAAACCCAAAGGCAGACUUCAAGUCAAUUAAGGUCAUAUCACUUUCAAACAUUUUCUUCAUGACAAUAAUUUGAUUAGAUAGUUAAUAUAUCUACUAAAAAAAAGAUAGAGGGCAUUUUUGUUGCAUUUGUUAGUUGUAUUUUUGGAGACUUUAAUGUAUUUUUUUCUUUACCUUUUCCUUUUCUUUUUAUGAUAGUAUGCAAUUUAAUAUGUGAAAUUGAAACUUAAUAAAGAUAUUAUUUUU